CUAUCAUGAUAACGGUAUUGGUCGGUCGGUAAUAAGAUUAUCUUCAACAGUGAAGUGAAAGAGCUCACGCCUUCAACAGUCCAUUGGUUUGACUCGAUGAGACGAGUCCAACCAUUCACACCAAAUGAAAUUAAAUUAAAUUAAAUAAAUGCAAAUUUACCUCAAUCGCCCCCAACUAAUCAAUCUUCGCCUCUCUCUCUCUCCUCCGAAUCCCAAUCCUCCGCCACGCACCGCCCUCCACCACCACCACCAUUCUCCGCCGUCGAUUGGUCUCACCGCCGCACUCCGAUCACAUGGGUGAGCAAACCCCAGCUCAAAUCGACGACCUACCCAAACCCGAAUCCCAUUCUCUGCCGCCGAUCGAAACCCCCAAGCCCCGCCAAGACUCUUCCGAUGCCGAUCCCGAAAUCCCCCACGCUCCCCAGAACCCUUCCAAAAUCCCGAUUCGACCUCAGAAAAUCCGCAAACUCUCCACUUCCACCGAAAAACCAUCCAUUUCCCUUCCGUCCGUCGACGACUCAUCCGCCUCCGCAUCGUCUUCCUUAGCCCUCUGCGCCUCCACCGCCAAAAACCGCCGGCGGAGCGCCUCGCAAGCCUCCAGAGCCUUACCCCUAAUCAUGAAACCCCUGACCGUCGAGGGCGAGAUCGAGUCCGCCAUCCGCCACCUCCGCGCCGCCGACCCCGUGCUCGCCCUGCUCAUCGACACCCUCCCACCGCCGGAGUUCACCGAACGCCUCCCCCCAUUCCACGCACUCGCCAAGAGCAUCCUCUACCAGCAGCUCGCCCUCAAGGCCGGAACCACAAUCUACAACCGCUUCAUGGCCCUCUGCGGAGGCUCCGACUCUGUCUCCCCUGACACCGUCCUCACCCUCACCCCCCAGCAGCUGAAGCAGAUCGGAGUCUCUGGCCGGAAAGCCAGCUACAUAUACGACCUGGCGAAUAAAUACAAAUCCGGGAUUUUGUCAGACGACAUGGUGGUGAAAAUGGACGAUAAGUCUCUGUUCACGAUGCUGACUAUGGUUAAAGGGAUCGGUUCUUGGUCGGUUCAAAUGUUCAUGAUGUUUUCUCUCCAGAGGCCUGAUAUUUUGCCGGUGAGUGAUCUUGGGGUGAGGAAAGGGGUGCAGAUUUUGUACGGUUUGGAUGAGCUGCCCAAGCCUUCACAGUUGGAGCAGCUGUGUGAGAAGUGGAGGCCUUAUAGGUCGGUUGGGGCUUGGUACAUGUGGCGGAUCACAGAUGCUAAAGCGGCGGCUCAGGGAGGAGCUGGCUCGGGAGGCCUUGAAGGUGGUGUUGUGCAGCCGUUGCAGCAGAUAGAAACUCGCCAGGAUGGACAUCAGCAUCAACUGCAGUUUGUGGAGCCUGUCAAUGGCAUUGGCAAUAUGGGUAGAGCUCCUUUAGAUGGCAAUAGAUGA